AUGGAGGUACCCGCCGGUCAAACCUCUAAAAGUUUAAAGAAAGGAUGGUAUUUAGCCAUAAGCCCCGAUGGGCAAUAUAUCCUCACAUUUAACAGCAAUACAUUUCAAUAUAAAAUUAUCAAAAUGGAAAACAAAGAAAAAUUGUUCGAAGCGAUAAUUGACAAAAAGAAAUUUCCGAAUUUCGAACUUCAUAAACGUCCUUCAGAUAAAGAUUCCGAAUUUCCCAUGUUUAAAAUAGCGUUAUCAAAUAUUUUUGCGAAUUCUAUCUUUGUUGCGAUAUCGUUUGUGAUCAAAAAUGAUAUGUUGGCUAAUAAUGAUAAUAAAUUACAUGGCACAACGAUCAUUUACCGCACCAUGAGAGAUUUGAAAGAUCAUUGGAGUGUUCAUUCUUUCCACCAUGAUUUUCCAAAGGGUGGAAUGGUUAAUUUUGUUCAUUAUAAAGAUGAAAAAAUGCAUUGCUUCAUAUUUAACUCAAGUGGAAUCUUUAGUUAUACUUAUCGUAUUAAGGACCUGUCACGAUAUAUAAAACAACAUUACUUUUACCCAAUGAGACUACAAGAUGAAUUGACAAAUUUAUACAAAUUUAAUUCUUGUUUAAAGAGAAUACGAGCUUGCAUUUUUGACGAACAUUUUUUGAUUGAGCAAUAUAAUGAAGGUACUCAAUCCAUACAAUUAUUUAGCUUGGUCACCAUGGAAAUGGAACAAAUUUUUCAAAAAAAGUUGGAUAGAUCCUUGACGAAAAAGUUUGCUCGUCCCAUCUUCUCGAUUUCCAAAAAUAAAUAUCUCUUGAUGUUUUCAAGAGGUAUUGAGACCAUCUUAAUCUUUUAUAUCGAGAAUGGUUUAGAAAUUGCAAGGAAAAGUUUUGGGAAAGGUACGAAAAUAAUGUUUGGCGAAUUUAUUAAUGGAGAUGAAGGAUUAUUGUUAAUUAUUAAGGAAAAAAGGAAGUUUUCAAUUAAAAUUUGGGAUUUACUUGAUGCGUCCGAGAAUCAAAUUCGAACUUAUGAUAGUGAUGAAUAUUUAGAUGUUAAAAUGAAAUCUUAUAAUGCGAGAAGUCCUGGAAAUCUCUUAACGAUUGAUGCUGAUGGUACGGUUUCGUCAAUAAUUGAUAAGUGGAUUUCAAAGGAAAUUGUAAGGGAGAUUUCUAAACAAGAUCAUUAUGAUUGUAAAUUAAUUCCACCUGGUGAAAAUAUUAUGUCCCUACAUGAAGAUCAAGUGGAAAGUGAGAAUGCGUUGAAAAUAGAGGAAUUGACGGUUGGGAUUAAAUCUUUUUAUUUAAAAGUCAAAUGGGUUUAUAAUAACGUUGAUCAAUCGGUCGAGAUUAAAUGGCCAUCAACAGACGGACACGUUACUGAUGUAAUUCAUGCUUGCGCGGCUUUAGCUCACGUGAAUUGUCGAAAAAACAACCUUGUGGGAUAUAAAAAGCGUCAUAAAUUUGAAAAAUUGAUGAAUUAUAUUUCCCUUUUAAUUUGGAAAUUUAUCAAUAAAAAACAAGAAACUUGGAAAUUAUUGGAUGUUCGUUAUAAUGUAAUGGCUGAUAUUAUCAUUGGAGGCUCUACUUUUCUUAUAAAAUUUAUUCUGCUUGAUGAAGUUGAGAAUGAAAAGGAAUUAAAAAAAACAGGCAACAGACGACUUUUGCAUAUACCACAACUUCGACGAUGGAAUAAUGAAACGGUCGAUCUCAAAGUGCAUAAUGGGGAGAAUCAAUCAAAGGAAUUGUUACUUAAUUAUGAAUCAACUGAUUUAACUGAUUUACAAAUUGCGAUUCGUUUAUGCUCAAAAGAUCCUCGCCGCGUUAACCGUCAUAUUGUUAUUGUCGGGUAUCUUUUAGAAUAUUAUACCACCCACGCAACACGAAAUCUUGGAUGGUUAAUUACGGUUUCUAAAGCACUUCCGGAAUUAUAUAACGAUAAUCAUGAAUUAUUAAAUUAUUACGCUAAAGAAAUAUUUUUUAAGAAAUGUUUUAAGGGACUAGAGUUGUCAGAUAAUAUCGAUUAUAGAGAUUUCAUGCCUCUUGACGUUGAAAAAAGAAGACAAAAAUCGCAAAAAUUCAUUGCGUUCUGUCCGAAUACAAAACUAGUUGUCAAGGAAAAAAAUCGUCGAUUAAACUUGGAAGUCCUUCAAGAUAUAUUAAUAACGAUUUAUUUCAAAAUAUAUCAAAAAAUUUUUCCGAAUCCUUUUAAAAACAUUCCACCAUUAAUACAUAUUGUUCCUUUGUACGAAUUUACCACUAGUGAUAUCGUAAAGAAACAAAUCGAAGAUCAAAAAAAAGUUCAAACUUCAUUUCUUGUGAAAUUAUUUCAAUUGUUAUUUCUUCCUCGAAGAUAUUUAUUAAAAGAUACCGGCGCAUUUAACAAUUUAUCGCAACUUAGUCCAUUUAUUCAGAUUAUUAGAGCGGCAAAGGAUAAUAAUGUAUUUAAUAAUCCAACGAUGGAAGCUACGAUUAAUCAAAGAUGUAUUAUUUUACCCCUUGUUAUAAUGUCCACGUAUAUUAUAACUUCAUUUAAAUUUUCGAAUGGGUUUGCAGACGUUAUUACGACAAAAGAUAUAUCAAUCUACAUUUCUUUUACCAUGUUAAUUCUCUGGUUUGAAUUCAUUUUAUAUCUUCGCUUGUUAUCAGUACUUGCAGCCUUCGCUCACUCAAUGUUUAUUUUAUUACAACAUCCAACUUUUACCGACGUCACACCGAAAACUGACGAAUACUCAUUGACAAAUACUACAACGAAAGAGCCCAUAGAUGUCACCGUAACGGGUGAAAUCGAUCCAAGUGAUAGAUUGGACAAUCCAAAUUCUAAUAUUAUCGAUUCGUUAAUUUCAUCUUAUUUUUGGAUUGGCGGAUCUUAUGUACAAAGGGAUACCUGGGAUUUUUGGGCGGUAGAAGCGUUAACGUUGCUAGCUAGCAUUUUUGUGGUAACGGUUUUACAAAAUAUGUUCAUCGCUUUUAUGGGCGGGAUUUAUUCUGACGCGCAUGUUCAAGCAAGCAAUGCGUUAUUAAGGUUCAGGGCCGAGAACAUUUCAGAUUACGAAGCAUUGGAUGAUGUGCAUUUCUUACCCUUGACCCCGGAUCCAAAAUAUAUAUGUUACAUAGGUCGUUCAUCAAGUUAUGAAACUUGGAAAAAAUUAAGUAAUGCAAAAUCUCAUACGUUAUAUCAUAAAUAUGAGGAAAAAAUUACAGAGAUUAAGGGUUUAUAUGAAGUUGAAAAUUUGGAAGAUAAAAAUUGUUUGUGGAAGUGGGAUGAUGAAAAGUUGAUCACGACGACACAGACAAGUGAAUUGAAAAAAACAUCUCUACGUUGA